GGAAGUGCGGGCCGGGAAGCUGGAGAGCUGCGGUCUUGAGGAGCCUUUCGCCCCGCCCCGUUCUGUCAGGCUGCUGAGCUGUCAGUCAUGGCGCUGCCCUCGCGACUGUGGCGCCUUCUCCCUCUGCGACGCGGAGCCACCCAGAGCUUCCGUCAGCUGGCGAGGACCUGGGGCAGCCGGGGACACUGUGGUUCCGAGGUGAUAAGAAACACACGACCUUUCAAGAGAGGCCUUUUGUUCUCAGCUUUGUCUUUUUUGGGUUUCGAAACCUACCAAGUCAUUUCUCGGGCUGCCGUGGUUCAUGCCACAGCCAAAGUUGAAGAAAUACUUGAGCAAGCAGACUACCUAUAUGAAAGUGGAGAAACAGAGAAGCUUUAUCAGUUGCUCACACAGUACAAGGAAAGUGAAGAUGCAGAGUUACUGUGGCGUCUGGCACGAGCAUCACGUGACAUAGCACAGCUUAGUAGGACGUCAGAAGAAGAAAAAAAAGUUUUGGUGUAUGAAGCUCUAGAGUAUGCAAAAAGAGCACUAGAGAAAAACGAGUCGAGUUUUGCUGCUCAUAAGUGGUAUGCAAUCUGCAUUAGUGAUGUUGGAGACUAUGAAGGCAUCAAGGUUAAGAUUGCAAAUGCCUACAUUAUCAAGGAACAUUUUCAGAAAGCAAUUGAGCUGAACCCUAAAGAUGCUACUUCAAUUCACCUUAUGGGUAUUUGGUGCUAUACAUUUGCUGAAAUGCCUUGGUAUCAAAGAAGAAUUGCUAAAGUGCUGUUUGCAAAUCCUCCUAGUUCCACCUAUGAGGAGGCCUUGAAAUACUUUCACAGGGCAGAACAAGUGGAUCCAAACUUCUACAGCAAAAACUUGCUGCUGUUAGGAAAGACAUAUUUGAAACUAAACAACAAAAAGCUUGCUGCUUUCUGGCUGGUAAAAGCCAAGGGUUAUCCAGCACACACAGAAGAAGAUAAACAGAUACAGACAGAAGCUGCUCAGUUGCUUACAGAUUUGUGACAAGAACUGAGAACUUUUUGGAGAAGGCAACAAUGUACCUAACACUUUGUAUUUCAUUGAUUUAUAAAGAUGACGCAUUAGCCAUAAUGAUUCUAUGGCUUUCCCCCCAGUUCUUUUAUGUAUAACCAUUUUUUUUCAGAACAAAUGAACAAAGUUCUGGGUUUCUUCACAAUUAAAAGUGUCAAAGAAACUGUCACAUUACCUAAGAGUGGCAGCAGUACAUUUCCCUAGUUUAGACAAACAUUUUCAAUUUGGAACACUAACAGGAAAAAAUGGUACAGGAUAUGUAAGUAUUCAUCACAUCAGGAUGAGAGGUUUUCAAAAGAAGGCCUUGUGAACAGAUGGCAUAUGAGGAAAUGGUUUUCAUCUUGUAAUUGACUGAAAGUUACUGUCUUGGAGAAAAGGUAAAAUGAGAGUUGUAUAUGAUGUUCGGGGUUCCUGGCAUAAAGAACUUAAGUGAUGUGUGUUAGAAUGACAACCUGAAUAAGGAAAAAUAGUAUGGAAAAAUAUGCCUUUUGAAAUGUGUUAUAACUUCAUAGAAGGGUUGAAUUUUUCACUUUGCAAACUGUUAUCCUUUAUAGAAUGUUGGGACACAGAUCUCAGGGUGAGAAGGAAAUAGAGUAUUCAACAGGCAGAGUACUAUCACUUGAGUCUAAGGCGCCACCAUGGCAGACGCACAUGUUGUAACAAUUGAAGCUUGGAUGCCACUUACACAGAAUGAAUGUGAGACUUUAUAGGUAUACCCCCCCCCCAAAAGACAUGAGAAUUGUAAUGUUUUAUUAAAUUACAGCAAAAUGUGUAGGUGCCUGCUGUUUCUGUUUUACUAUGUAAACUUUCAAAUAUAAACACUGGAACUACAUCCUGUACUUAAGAUUUAAGGUAUCACUAUUUUGCUAUAUCCUAUUUUUGUGUAUCUGUUGACAUAUAAUGGAUUUUUAAACCUUUGAAAUUACAGUUAUUAUCAUACUCUUUAGUAUCUCAGCUGCUCUUCAGAAUAAGUGCAUCUUCCAAAACAUAUACCACACCUGUUACAUUAUUUUGUAACAAGACAUACUCAAAUUUUCUUAACUGUCCAAAAAAAAAUUCUUCUGCAUUUUGAGAACAGAAUUUGAUUUGCAGCAGUUGGUUUUCAUACAGAAAAUUUCUUCCCACAUCUUUCAGCACAUACUUUUUGGAGAAGCCAAUCUAAUUGUUAUUAUCAACUGUCCAGCCUCUGAGAAUCAAGUUCCACCUUGUCUUCUGGACUCCAGUUAAUUAUAUUUAGUCGGUUUUAGUUUUCAUAUUCAUGACUUUGAAAUUAACUUGUUUCAUUUUCUAAGUUCAUUUCCAGUUUUUAUACAUGUUGCUUUCCUUUAGGUGGUUUGUAUUACUUAAAAAUGUGAUCAUUGUCUUCAUUUGCAGGUUUUGGGUUAUUUUGUCUUUUUCUUCAUUUUUCUCCUCCUGACUUUUGUCAGCAGCCACUUGAUACCUUCAUUUAAUUAUCUAGUUAUGAACUUUAGCUACUUUCCAUAUUCACAUUAGUAUAUAAUUCUAAAGAAUUUAAAUUUUUUAUAUUAUAUUCAGGUCCUUGUACUUAAGUAAGGGCCUUUAUCAAAUAUGUAUCCCAGCUGCUUAGUGGGUUUAUUCCUUAGAAUGGCUUUUCUAGGAUUUUUUUUUGUUGUUGUUGUUACCAGCACAAAGUCAUGGAAUCAGUCCCUGCCACUCACACACAAAUUAUUUCUGGAAAGUUAUUUUUGUUAUUAUUACUUUCAAUAAUAAAGGCUUUAUGGACUGGCGAAUCUA